AUGAAGGUUCUUACCAAGGAAGAGGAGGAGGCGCAUUACAAUGCCACAGUCAAGGGCGGAUCAAUCGGUGGUAUCAUUGGUACGGCGGUAGGCGCUGCAGGUGUCAUGGCUGCGAGUAGAAGAUACCACUCCUUCAGAGCGCUCACCGUCCCGUUCCGAGCUUUCUUGGUCGCUUCAACAGGAACAUUCGUUGCUGUCAUUGCCGCCGAUCGAGCCUCUGCAGCAUACGAUAUCGAACACACACCCGAAAAGAAGCGCCAAGUUGAACGCGAGAGGGAGCGCGAAGCCCUCUACGAACAGAACAGAACCGCUCUCGAGCGUGCGAAAGACUGGGCGACCGAAAACCGAUACCCACUUCUCUUCGGUUUCUGGAUUGCCUCCAUGGCUGGCUCAUGGCACAUGGUCAACCGCAACCCAUACCUGAGCGGAUCACAAAAGCUAGUGCAGGCGCGUAUGUACGCACAGGGUGGCACACUGGCGGCGCUGCUAGGCAGCUUUGCGAUUGAGGGUGCGGAUGCAGCGAAGGGCAAGGGAAGGUGGGAGACAAUCAGGGUUAUUGACCCGAAUGAUCCCGAACACAAGCAUGUUAUUGAGAAGAAGAUCCAUCACGAGAGAUACGCUGGCGAGGACCAGUGGAGAGAGAUGGUAGAGGCCGAAGAGCAACGCGAGAAGGAGCGCAAGGCUGCUGCAGCAGGCAAAGAGCACCAGGCGAAACAGCAUCAGCAUGCUGCUGACAAGAAGGAGGAGAAGGCCGAGAAAGAAGAAGACCAGAAAAAGAAGAACAAGGCUUAA